CAAUAGUGAAGAGGUGGAUCAGUGGGACCGCGAAGUCGCGCGCUCAGCGAGAGAUGUUGAUGGCUGUUGUUGACGAGUCUGCCCAAACUACUACGUACCGCGGCAGGGCAACCACCGAAAGAUCUUUGCCGGCGAUUCGUGUAAGAGAAUCGAAUAGUGUUGGUGAGAAGUGUCUGUAGUGUCUAUCGUGCUUUUCGCGUGUAGCAGCGUGAAGAGUCGCGGGUGCGCGUGAUAAACUAACGAAUUUACAACGGCGGUUCGUCGUUGUGUGCCAACGUCCGUCCCCCGAAGCGCGCAAAGGGAAACUAGCAAAACGACAAGCAAGCGAAAAGAUGCUGCCUACGAAGAAUAAUGAGAACGCUUAGUACAGCAACGAGCCACACCGGAACACAAGAUUCGUACGCGGGGACGAUCGCCGGAUGUUCACACCUGGCCGGAGCGGACAGUUAAAUCCCCGUCGGAUGCGUACGCGGAGGCCGCCGGGAGGUCACUUCUAACCGGCUGACACUUUUCUGCGGUAGCAAAAUUGCUACUACUAAACGCGCGUUUGCCUUGUCGGGUGCACAAAAGAAACAAACCCAACCGAGAGGUGAAUGCACAACGGUGUGGUGGCUGUUGAGCGACAGCAGCUGUCGUUCGCCGGAUGAACCAAAUGACCGAAACCUUUCCAUCGUUGGCCAUCGGCGGUGGGGCCGGCGGCGACGGCGGCGGAGGAAUGGCGGCCGCUGCCAUCAAGCAACAACAGCAACACCACCACCAACAUCACCACCAGCAACAACAUCCGCCCCAUCAUCAUCAUCAGCCGCAACAGCAGCAGCAUCAUCAGUCACUUCAUCAGCAACAUUCAUUGUCCGCGAUGUCCAUCGAGAAGCUGGUGCGCGUGGGUUACUACGAGCUGGAGAAGACAAUUGGCAAGGGAAACUUUGCCGUCGUGAAGCUUGCCUCCAAUGUCAUAACAAACUCAAAGGUCGCAAUUAAAAUAAUCGAUAAAACAUGUCUGGACGAGGAAAACCUGGCGAAGACGUUCCGCGAAAUAUCGAUACUGAAGGUGUUACAUCAUCCGUACAUCACGCGCCUGUACGAGGUCAUGGAGUCACGCAACAAGAUCUACCUGGUGACGGAGCACGCGGCCCAGGGCGAGAUCUUCGACCAUCUGGUCGCGAACGGGCGCAUGAGGGAGGAAGAAGCGGCCCGCAUCUUCUCGCAGAUCGUGGCCGCGCUCGACUACUGCCACCGGAACGGGAUCGUGCACCGGGACCUGAAGGCGGAGAAUGUCCUGCUCGACACGGACAUGAACGUGAAGCUGGCCGACUUCGGCUUCAGCAACACGUUCGUGGCCGGCCAGCCGCUGCGGACGUGGUGCGGUUCGCCGCCGUACGCCGCGCCGGAAGUGUUCCAGGGUGUGGAGUACGAUGGGCCGAAGUCGGACAUCUGGAGCCUGGGGGUGGUGCUGUACGUGCUGGUCUGUGGCGCUCUGCCGUUCGAUGGUAGUACGCUGCACGAUCUGCGUAGCGUGGUGGUGGCGGGCAAGUUCCGGAUACCGUUCUUUAUGUCGCAGGAGUGCGAGCAGCUCAUUCGGCACAUGUUGGUGGUGGAACCGGAGCGGCGCUACUCGCUCAAGCAGAUCGCGCACCAUCGCUGGCUGGCGCAGCACAACUCGAUCCCGCUGCUCGACUGCGGCGGUGAUCUUGGUGGUGCGGGUGGACAGCAGCAGCGCGAGACGGCCGAAAACCUGGACACGAUCGUGAUGACGCACAUGCUGCAGCUGCCCGGGUUGACGGCGGACAUGAUCGCGCAGUCGGUGCACGAGAAUCGCUUCGAUCAUAUCUACGCCAUCUACUACCUGCUGGUGGACAAGCUGCGCCAGAAGCGGAAGGAGAAGGGGCGUCUGCAGCAUCAUGCCAGCUUGGCGUACUCGCGAUCCCGGAAGACGAGCAUCACGACGGGCGUCGUCGACCGGACGGUGGAGGUGAUCAAGAACGACUCGCUGGAGCGGUUGAGUCCGCUGACGAGCGUCGGUUCGACCAUACUGAACAUAUCAUCCGGACUGGGCGGCACGGAGGACCUGGAGAAGUACGACCUCGACACGGGCACCGUAUCCUCCUCCGCCACGGCGCUAUCGCCGUCGUCGUCCUCGGCGCUGUCCACUGCCGCCGUUACUCCGGGCUCGCUAGAACCACCGUCCUCCGGUGAGCACUAUCUCUUCCCACCGUCGUGCACCAAUGGGGCCGGCGGAGGGAACACCCGGCGGCACACGGUUGGUCCGGGCGAUGUCGCCCACGAGCAGGUCCUGGUCAACCCGAACGUGGUGCCCAUCAACUUCAAGAUUGGUGCCGGUGGUGGCACGCUCGAGCCGCCAACGCCCAACGUUCCGAUCAAUAUUCCCUCGCUGCAGAACCAACCGAUCCACAAUCUCACGAUCAAGGAUCAGCAUCUCCUAAAGCCACCCACCGUAAUGGGUGCAACAAGUUCCUUCGGACGACGAGCGUCGGAUGGUGGAGCCAAUCUGCAGAUCUACUAUCCUUCGUCUUCGACGAACUUCCACGACCAACAACAACAACACCAUCAACAGCAGCAGCAGCAACAGCAACAACAGCAGCAGCAACAACAACAGCAACAGCAGCAGCAACAGAUCGGAGACGGAUUCACGUUGGGCCAGGUACAAGGUGCGAACAACGGCUGCACAACACUGGUCGUCGAUCAUCUGAUGCUCCAGACGCCAAGUAGCGAGGGAACCGACGAUUCCAAUGACGAAAUUCAAAGAUAUAUGCAUGGACGGGGCUGUACCAAGCGUCACACCGUCGGCUGUACGGACGAUCUGCCGGCGGGGACGGGCUCACCGAUGGAUCCGCCGCAGGCUCACUCGCCCGCACCCUCCACGGGCGGAGGCGCAGGAGGAGGAGGAGGAGGAGGAGGAGGAGGAGGUGGCGGCGGUGCUGGCAGUGGCGGAAGAACUCGCCGUACCGGUCUGCUGACCGUCAUGGAACGUCCACCCGUGAUAAGUCCGGACCUAAUACGAGAGGUCGAAGCGCGUAUGAACCGGGACUAUCUGCCACCAUCGUUGCUGUCGUCUUCCUCCUCCUCCGCCGGAGGAGCAGGUAUCGCUGGCGGUGGCGGUGGGUCGGCACCUUCGCACGCGGUCAGCACGUCGAUUGGUUCGGCUACGGCCUUGUCGAAUCCCCGGUCGCCCGAAUCCGGUCCACCGACUAUGAUGAUGAUGCUACCGUCGAUGCAAAGCCCACCGUCGUACCAUUACGCACCGGUGACCACCGGCGGGGCUGCUCUGCUGCUUGGAGGAGGAGUAGGUGCAGCACCGACCGGGACAACGGGCGGCGCUCCGGUGCAGCCACCACCGGCUCACCAGCCGCAGCAGCCGACGCUACCAUCGCCACACAGCGCGCUGUGCAAUCGACGGUACACGCGAACCUGUAAGCUACCGACGGUGCAGGAAAUCGGUCGCUACAGUCCGGUUCGGAGAGCCUCGGAGGGUUCCCGUAUAACGUCGCAGUUCCAAGGCCCAUUCCAAGAAUGUCAACAGCUGCAAAAGGGGCUACACGCCGCAGCCAUGGCCUCCUCCUGCGCACAGCAACCACAUCAACACCAACAGCAGCAGCAGCAGCCGCGCAACAACUUGCUAAUCACGCCGAGUCCCCCGCUGGCGGACAAUUCGGUCAGUUUGCCCGGUUCACCGAUGCACUGCAAGCCGUUCGUGGACGGCAACUACCAUCAUCUUCAGCAGCAGCAGCAGCAGCCGGACAUUAGUGUGCCGCACGAGUUGCUCCUUACGAUCGUGCCAACGUUGGAGAAGCUGGUACUCGAGAAUCGACUGCAGAUCGAGACGGCAAACAGCAUCAUGGCGACGCGCACGAUGCCUUACGAGGUUGGCCAUCAGCUGGGGAUAGUGCCUCGCGCUACCGGAACUGGCGGUUUCGUGCUUGGUGGUGCUGGCGGGACACUGGAUGUGGGCGGAUUGAACCUGCAGGUGGCACUGCAGCAUAGUCAGAGUGUGUCACCGUUGAGCUCCACGUUGCGGCACGGUGGAGCUGGUGCCGGCGCUGGCUAUCCGGGUGUUUCGAGCCGUCCGACCGGUUUGCUCACGCUCGGUGGAAUGCAGCCUAGUUACGCCGGCGGUGGUACGUUCGGCAAUCCGUACGGUGGAAUGGUGGGAGGAUGGACGUCGGCAGGAGGUGCUGCUGGAGCAACAACCAGUACGGGAUUGUGCCAUCUUUCGGGUUUGGAGUACCCAGGUGGAAGCAACAGCAACAGCGGAUGCCCUUCGCCGGUGUACUACGCCAGCGGUUGCUCGUCGCCAAUUCUUCCCGGGCCACCAGCUUCGAUCGUGAGUGGCCUGGGAAGCUCUAGCACUGGAGGUGGUUCUUCCAGUGGUGGCGGUGCAGCUUCUCCGAUGCAUCAGAUCACCCGUGGCAUUAGUACGCUGAAUACGGGUGGUGGGAGCACGUCGAUGGCGGGCGGCUCCAUAACGCGCGGUACAUCGUCAUUCUCGCCCUCCUGUAACGAACCGCUCGAUCUCAGCAUGGACAUCGUGAACAGCGUUGAACUGGACUUCUCUGGCCGGUCCGCUUACUCUGGUCCCACCACGCCGGUGAACUACUUCGACACGGGAGUAGUGAAACCGUUCGGUGGCGUACUGCUGCCACCGCCGCCACCACAAGCAAUGCGCAUUUCCGCCUGCACACCGCCGACCUCACCCAAUCUGUGCAUCAUCCAGGAAGAACAUCCGGUGGCGGCGUUGUCGGGCGUGGGAGUCGCAUCCAUUCCGGCCGCAUUCCGGAGCCACUCGGCAAACGCAUCGCCGGAGGAUCUCACCUUUCAGCACACGCAUCCGCAGAUUUGCCUGACGGACGUUCAGGGCAGCGAAAUAACGCUGGUGGCGCUGUCCGACUCAAGUCAUGGGGAUAGUGAUGAUUCGCUCAACUGUCCGACGGCAGGCAGCACCAGCGGUGGUGGUGGGGCUACAACGAGCGGACUCGGAUUCUCUGGCCUACUGAUUACCGAGCCAUCGAGCGACAUGCCAUCGAUAACGCGCGGCGUCGGUCGGAAGGCGAGCCUAGACACGGAAAACAACUCGACGGCAACGACCUCCGGCAGUUGUUCGGCCAAGUUGGAUACGUCCGACAUCAGCGAGUCGUACGUUCGGCGGGGUAGCGACAAGUCGCUCGGCUUCAGCGACGAUAGCCUGAGCAACGACUCCAACCCGUCGAACCUGUCACCCAGUCAGGAACCGUCGGCUGCCAGCUCCGGCUUCAAGAGUGCCGACUCGUACUCUGAACAAGACACGGCUCGGCUCAGUCCCGACUCACUGUGCGAUGGUGCGAAAAGUGCCGACGAGUGCUACGAGCUGCCACUUCCACAGGAGUGCUCCACCCUCGACUCGGCCCGCAUCCUCGAGAUGGUCAAACGGACGCUCGACUCCACUAUGCCCGCAAAAGGCUGCGUGUACGGAACGAAACCGCUCGCGGAUGGACAGCAACACCAGUUGUCAGCUCUUGGAGGGGCGGGGGCCAGGGUAACCGGUCCGUCCACGGUUGUCCGACCGGCAACUCUUUCUGCGACGGAAGGAGGUACAACUUCCUCCGUAACAUUAUCAUCAUCUCUCAGUGCUGGUACUGGACGCGGGCCAAACGACGUAUCCGAACCAACGGGAUCGAACCUGAACCUAGAGUUUUCCGGCGGACUGCAGAUCGAGCUGCAGGUGUACGAGGGUCGCAACGGAAAGGAUAGCAGUACAACCAACAAGGGCAUUAAACUGCGCCGGAUCUCCGGCGAUCAGUACGAGUAUGGAAAACUGUGCCAGCAGCUUAUCACAUCGCUAACCGUCUAGCACGAAGGGAACGGUUUGUUUCGAAGCGAACACGAAACAAACCAACCUUAACCAUCCGGAGCAAAGCAAGAACUACCCAACCUACGUGUCAGUUCGACCUUUGUCGUAAUGUUUUUAAUCUCACCAGCAUUAGUUCCGUUCGUUCUACGCAGGCUAAUUUUGCGGUGUGGCUACUUUUAUUUGAGCAUGUAUGUUUUACUUGCAAAAUUGCACAUUCGGAAAGUUUUUUUUAGGGGACAGGGACAAUAAUUAUUUUAUUCAUAUUUUAAUGCAAUUUGUUUUCGAUUCAAUCGUUUUAUUGAGCAGCAGGGGAAAGGCUUUGAUUUGAUUUCAAACGAUUUUAAUUGUUGCACCAGACUGCCGGUGGGCUCGUUCCAUCGCGAUAAGAUAGUAUC